AUGGCUCCAACAAGCCAAAUGACCUACCAGAAGGAUGAAAGGGUUCUCUGUUUCCACCAUGAGAUCCUGUACGAGGCCAAGAUCCUUGACCUGAGGCAUACGGACCCAGAGGACCGUAAGAGUCCCUACGAGUACUUAGUCCACUACAAGGGCUGGAAGAAUACCUGGGAUGACUGGGUUCCCCAAGACCGCCUUCGUAAAUUUACGGAGGAGAAUAGAGAAUUAGCCACCACUCUUCGUCGUGAGGCAGAGGCUGCAUUCCGUCAGAAGAGCACCAAAGCCUCUGUCAAGAAGAGGGGAGGCUCCGACCGCAGUUCCGCCCGAGGCAGCGAGGAAAGGCAAACCUCAGUGCCUGGCCGCGGAACCAAGAGGGCCCGUGACAACGAUAUCGAAAAGGAGGAGAGCUUUUAUGUGCGGCCUUCAGUAAGGAUCGUAAUGCCAGACAAUUUGAAGUCUCUCCUAGUAGACGAUUGGGAAAACGUCACUAAGAACCAGCAAGUCGUGGCCUUGCCUGCCAAGUCCCCGGUCAAUCAGAUUCUGGACGACUACGUCAAUGAGGAGAAGCCCAAACGCACAAGCUCGGCUGAUACGGAUGUCCUUGAAGAAGUCGUUAUGGGUGUACGCGAAUACUUCGACAAAGCACUUGACAAGGUCCUCUUAUACCGGUUUGAACGCGAACAGUACCGGGCUCUCCGCAAAAAGUGGGAGGCAGGUUCGGGUGACUACGCCGACAAGGGACCACUUGACAUCUACGGUGCAGAGCAUCUGACUCGCCUUUUCGCAACCAUGCCCGAGCUGAUUGCACAGACAAAUAUGGACCUCCAGUCGACGAAUAGACUCCGGGAAGAACUGUCCAAGUUCACCAUCUGGCUGAGCAAAAACUCUAGCAGAUACUUCGCUACGAGAUACAUGACUGCGAGCAAUGAAUACAUUGAAAAGUCGCGCGGCGUUCCAAACCCGACUCCUGGGACCGCGACAUCGCGUUUAGUCUAG